AUGUCUAGCAAUCAAGCGAACUUAGGCCGUAUUCUUACAAUCGCAGGUGUCACUGUUGCCACUGCCGUGGCAGGUUACGCUGCUUAUUUUGAUUAUCAAAGAAGAAACAACCCGGAAUUUAGAAAGCAAUUGAAACGUAAGUUGAAGCAACAUGCCGAAUUGGAAAAACAAGCCAAGGAAGAGGCAAAGCAAGAGAAGUUGAAGAGAGUCAAUGAAAUUUUGAUAGCCGAGUUGACCAAAGAUCCACUUCCACAAGACCCAUCUCAAAGAGAGGCUACUUUCUCAUCUAACGUUGAAUUAGGUGAAAAGCUAGCUGCUAUUCCAGGUAGUGAAUUAGAAUCCGCUCUGAAGUUCUACAAGGCUUUGUCCGUGUAUCCAAACCCAAGUGACUUGUUAGGAAUCUACCAAAGAUCUUUAACUGAAGAGAUUUAUGAAAACAUCGUGUUGAUGAUCGCUUUGAUGCCACCUUCCAACGUUUCUUCCUUCUUGACUGGUGCUGGUGUCGGUGCAGGUGCUUCCGCUGCACCAUCUGCCACCGUUGAAAUUGAUGAAUAG